AUUUAAAGCUACCCUGUUGCUCAGCCCUCUCUGACUGUCUGCCGGGGUCUCCAGCGUCCUGGGCAGGCUGGCGUGUGGGCUCAAGAGCCUCCUGGUGACCUCUCCUGUCUAGGCCCCUCAGCCACUCUGCCCCAAGAUGGGCCGUGGGGCCGGCCGCGAGUACUCACCCGCAGCCACCACUGCGGAGAAUGGGGGUGGCAAGAAGAAACAGAAAGAGAAAGAGCUGGACGAGCUGAAGAAGGAGGUGGUCAUGGAUGACCACAAGCUGUCCCUGGAUGAGCUGGGCCGUAAAUACCAAGUGGACCUGUCCAAGGGCCUCACCAACCAGCGGGCCCAGGACAUUCUGGCUCGGGACGGCCCCAACGCCCUCACUCCACCCCCGACGACCCCGGAGUGGGUCAAGUUCUGCCGUCAGCUCUUCGGGGGGUUCUCCAUCCUGCUGUGGAUCGGAGCCAUCCUCUGCUUCCUGGCCUACGGCAUCCAGGCUGCCAUGGAGGAUGAGCCGUCCAAUGACAAUCUGUACCUGGGUGUGGUGCUGGCUGCUGUGGUCAUCGUCACCGGCUGCUUCUCCUACUACCAGGAGGCCAAGAGCUCCAAGAUCAUGGACUCCUUCAAGAACAUGGUUCCUCAGCAAGCGCUCGUGGUGCGGGAGGGAGAGAAGAUGCAGAUCAACGCAGAGGAGGUGGUGGUAGGAGACCUGGUGGAGGUCAAGGGGGGAGACCGCGUGCCUGCUGACCUCCGGAUCAUCUCUUCACACGGCUGCAAGGUGGACAACUCGUCCCUAACGGGCGAGUCGGAACCCCAGACCCGCUCCCCUGAGUUCACCCAUGAGAACCCCCUGGAGACCCGCAACAUCUGCUUCUUCUCCACCAACUGCGUGGAAGGCACUGCCAGGGGAAUCGUGAUCGCCACGGGUGACCGGACAGUGAUGGGCCGCAUCGCCACCCUGGCCUCGGGCUUGGAGGUGGGCCGGACGCCCAUUGCCAUGGAGAUCGAGCACUUCAUCCAGCUCAUCACAGGCGUGGCCGUCUUCCUGGGUGUCUCCUUCUUCGUGCUCUCCCUCAUCCUGGGCUACAGCUGGCUGGAGGCCGUCAUCUUCCUCAUCGGCAUCAUCGUGGCCAAUGUGCCCGAGGGGCUGCUGGCCACUGUCACUGUGUGUCUGACGCUGACGGCCAAGCGCAUGGCGCGCAAGAACUGCCUGGUGAAGAACCUGGAGGCGGUGGAGACACUGGGCUCCACGUCUACCAUCUGCUCGGACAAGACGGGCACCCUCACCCAGAACCGCAUGACUGUCGCCCACAUGUGGUUUGACAACCAGAUCCAUGAGGCCGACACCACGGAAGAUCAGUCUGGGGCCACUUUUGACAAGCGCUCCCCAACAUGGACGGCCCUGUCCCGCAUUGCUGGUCUCUGCAACCGAGCUGUCUUCAAGGCUGGACAGGAGAACAUCUCUGUGUCUAAGCGGGACACAGCGGGCGAUGCCUCCGAGUCGGCUCUGCUCAAGUGCAUCGAGCUGUCCUGCGGCUCCGUGAGGAAGAUGAGGGAAAGGAAUCCCAAAGUGGCGGAGAUCCCCUUCAACUCCACCAACAAGUACCAGCUGUCCAUCCACGAGCGAGAAGACAGCCCCCAGAGCUACGUGCUGGUGAUGAAGGGGGCCCCGGAGCGCAUCUUGGACCGCUGCUCCUCCAUCCUGGUGCAGGGCAAGGAAAUCCCUCUGGACAAGGAGAUGCAGGAUGCCUUCCAGAAUGCUUACAUGGAGCUGGGAGGCCUGGGAGAGCGUGUGUUGGGGUUCUGCCAACUGAAUCUGCCCUCCGGGAAGUUUCCUCGGGGAUUCAAAUUUGACACAGACGAGCUGAACUUUCCCACCGAGAAGCUGUGUUUCGUGGGGCUCAUGUCCAUGAUUGACCCUCCCCGAGCGGCUGUGCCUGAUGCCGUGGGCAAGUGCCGGAGUGCAGGCAUCAAGGUGAUUAUGGUGACCGGGGACCAUCCUAUCACAGCCAAAGCCAUUGCCAAAGGCGUGGGCAUCAUCUCUGAGGGCAAUGAGACAGUGGAGGACAUUGCCGCCCGGCUCAAUAUUCCCGUCAGCCAGGUCAACCCCAGAGAGGCCAAGGCGUGCGUGGUGCACGGCUCCGACCUGAAGGACAUGAACUCGGAGCAGCUGGACGAGAUCCUCCGGAACCACACAGAGAUCGUGUUCGCGCGGACGUCCCCGCAGCAGAAGCUCAUCAUCGUGGAGGGCUGCCAGCGGCAGGGAGCCAUCGUGGCGGUGACCGGAGACGGGGUGAACGACUCCCCGGCGCUGAAGAAGGCUGACAUCGGCAUUGCCAUGGGCAUCGCGGGCUCUGACGUCUCCAAGCAGGCGGCCGACAUGAUCCUACUGGACGACAACUUUGCCUCCAUCGUCACUGGCGUGGAGGAGGGCCGCCUCAUCUUUGACAACCUGAAGAAGUCCAUCGCGUACACGCUGACCAGCAACAUCCCCGAGAUCACCCCCUUCUUGCUCUUCAUCAUCGCCAACAUCCCCCUGCCUCUGGGCACUGUAACCAUCCUCUGCAUCGACCUGGGCACGGACAUGGUCCCUGCCAUCUCCUUGGCCUAUGAGGCAGCUGAGAGCGACAUCAUGAAGCGGCAGCCCCGGAACCCACAGACAGACAAGCUGGUGAAUGAGCGGCUCAUCAGCAUGGCCUACGGGCAGAUUGGGAUGAUCCAGGCACUGGGCGGCUUCUUUACCUACUUCGUCAUCCUGGCUGAAAAUGGCUUCCUGCCCUCACGGUUGCUGGGCAUCCGCCUGGACUGGGACGAUCGGUCCACCAAUGACCUGGAGGAUAGCUAUGGACAGGAGUGGACCUACGAGCAGCGGAAGGUGGUGGAGUUCACAUGCCACACGGCCUUCUUUGCCAGCAUUGUGGUCGUGCAGUGGGCUGACCUCAUCAUCUGCAAGACCCGUCGCAACUCUGUCUUCCAGCAGGGCAUGAAGAACAAGAUCCUGAUUUUCGGGCUCCUGGAGGAGACGGCGCUGGCUGCCUUCCUGUCCUACUGCCCCGGCAUGGGCGUGGCGCUGCGCAUGUACCCACUCAAGGUCACGUGGUGGUUCUGUGCCUUCCCCUACAGCCUCCUCAUCUUCAUCUAUGAUGAGGUGCGGAAGCUUAUCCUGCGGCGAUAUCCAGGAGGCUGGGUGGAGAAGGAGACUUACUACUGAACACGUUGGAGAGAAGAACCGGGCUCUGGAAGAUGGGGUGCUCAGGAGGUGUGGGGGUGGUGAUAGGGAGGGGUGGAAAAUGCCAUGGUGGUAUUUGGGGGGAAGACUUGGAAAGACAGAAUGAGGCAACAUGGCAGGCUAAGUAGACAGUGGGUAAAAAAUGCUGGGGUUGCCCCGACGGAAGCAUCAGAUCCCACCUCACAUGAGGACACCUCCCCAGAUCCCGCUCCACCCUCCACUGUGCUAUCCAGCCUUUUUGAGAAAUAGGAAGAUCCCAGGCCUCCCCACCCCCUCUCUCCACUCUGCCCCCCACUAAAAGAUCAACAUGCAAAGACAGUUGUGGUCAAAACCAGAAGAAGGGAACAGAUAAACUAUGCCCCGAUCUCUCCAACCGCACCCCACUUCCCACUCUGAUCCCUCAUUUACUUCCCUCCUGACCCUGUCACCUCUUCUGCUCAGACCUGGAGUUCACCCCAGUUUCUCCUGGAUAAUGCUCAGGGAGGGACGCUCCUGGAGAAGCCUCUUGUUCCCAGGCAAGGCAGGGUGGGAAGCUAGAGCAGAGUGAGCCUACAGGAACCAGGUCAAGGUGUGAGUGUGGCCAAGCAGGGCAAAGACAGAAGGAGAGAGAGCACCACUGACCGUGUCCUCCAGGUGGCCAGUCAUCAGCUGGAAGUCUGGGCUCUGUCUGGGCUCUCUGCAGACUCCCUGCCAGCAGACCAAAUUCAAAUCCCAUCCAAGCAGCAGCAGAGGCAGGACAGGGAGCGAUCUGGGAGGUUGUCUGGGAGGCAAGCUUAUCCCACUGAAGACCUCGCUGAUCCUGGUUUGAGGUCUACUUGCCCCAUGUGGCCUAGGGUCACAGGUGCUCCAGGUCUACCACCACUCGCUAGAACACUAAGUCCCCAGACUGCUGUGUGCUCUGAACAGCCACAGCACGUUCCCUGCUCACCGCCACAUUUCCUCCAGGCCAUGCUGACGGGUCUUGCAUCAUCCCCAGGCUCUGGCCGGCCAGCCUGGAAAAGCAGUUCCCUGGCUGUGGGCUGGAAUGGGGGUGGGCAUGUUCCCAGAAUCGCCUCUGCCCAGGGAGAUGCAGGAUCCAGUUAGGUCAUAACUGGUCUGCAUCUCAGGAGGAAAGGGGAAGCGUCACAAACCUGCCUCUGCCCUCUGGACGGCAGCUGCUCCCCCAGCGCCCUCCACACGGACACCGUCUGGCCUGCUUUCCUGGACAUGGGACUUGUUUCCAGGACCUUACCCUUAAGCCCUUUGCUCUCAACACACCUGCCCGUAGAUAGCUCUGCCCAUUUUGUGGCUGGCUUAGAAGGCUUUCAGAGGGUCCGGCAGAGAGACCUAGAGGAACCAAGCAUGGGAGAACCACCCAAGAAAAACAGCAGAAAGGGAAGAAGCACAAACACUAAAUCAUACCCCCACACCUUCCAGCACUGUCAAUUCAUUACACUGGAAUUGUACUGCAUCAGAAAUACCUGGAACUAGGUGACUCAUUGUCUCGGGCUCGGAAAACUAAAUGAGAAACCAUAGUAACUUGGACCUAGUUAAUUUGAGAUUUGUUGACUGUGGACAAAAGCUUAUCUUUGCACAAUCAGUAAGAAUGGCAUUUCUUUAGUAAGUUAAGAGCACAUUGCUAGGGGCUACCAGUAUACUUAGUUUACCUAAAAUAAUACUUUGCUGGUGAGUUGGGAAUAUCCAUUUAGAAGUAGCAAGCGCAUGUGCUAAUUAUCAUCAACUCUUAUGUCUUUGCUAAAGAAACAUCUGCAAGACCUUUACCUGGUGAGCUUCUGUAAGGCAUUAGUUUGAGGCAUUACAUGUGUUCUUGAAAAUAAUAAAGUUGCAUUUCUUUAUGAAACCAGAA